CCAGCAAAAAAUCGAUAAGCAUAUUGGUAAACCAUUAAACGUCAUGAAAUGACGGCAAUAGGACUAUUCGCUUUUGUAUACGCGUUUAAACUAGUAAUAGGGAAGCAAGAAGGAUUUAUUGUGGGAGGUGCUGUUGUGCAUGCAAUAGCGAAGUUUCCACAUGUUGCUUUCUUAGCUUUGUACAAGGAUUCCAAUGAUGAAUAUAUGUGUGGAUCAUCUAUACUUAACCAAUGGAUUUUGAUAACUGCCGCACACUGUUUCGAUGAUAUAGUGAAAGCACACGCGUCUGUGGGUAAUGUUAACAGGGCGACUGGGAAGCUGUACCGCGUCGAGAGUUACCGCCAGCACGAGAAAUGGGACACGGUCAAAGUGCACUACGACAUAGCUCUGUGUAAACUGAAGAAGCCGAUUCAGUUUGGACACUCGGUGAAGAGAGUUCUGAUGGUGAAGCGGCCGCCGAAAGCGAGUGUGGGUGACUUGGCUGGAUGGGGCGCGACCGAGGAAAAGGAAUACACGGAAUCUGUUCAGCUGAAGCACACGAGACAAAAGUUGUGGAAUCAUAAUCAGUGCAAAAAAGUCUUAAGCCGAGUGCCUAGAGGAACUAUCUGUGGAGGCGAAGCUAGAUCCAGAGGAAACUACGCUUCAAAGGGUGACUCAGGCAGCGGACUACUGGUAGACAACAAAAUAAUCAUCGGCCUGGUGUCCUACAAAGACCCUUACGUCUCACGCAGUCUUGUGAUAUACACUGACGUCCCGUACUUCUAUGAUUGGAUUCAACGCACGACAAGGGAACUAGAGUGCUCUUGGGGUUAUUGAGAAUAAAUGUAAAAUAAUAAAG